AUGCCGAACAGCCGCAGAUCACGUCCCCCGAGGACAAACGGAGCAGACCCCGCCGACGAGACCAUCGAGGUCGGCGCACGUCGCAGCAGGCGAUUGAUGCAGGAUGAGCCGGACGAGGUUGGACUUCCCGCGGUUAAGAGACGACGGAGGAGAACAAAGUCCGUGAACGAAGAGCCCGAGGAGGAGGCCGAAGACGCGCUAGAAACGAGUGACGGAGCUUCCAGUCGUCGAGAUAAUGCAUCGGACGCGCGAAAUAUGAAACGGCGACAAGGAAAUGACGAACGCGCGAACCGGCGCACCGCGGAGACACUACAACCGAAGAGGCGGUCUAGAUCGACGAGGUCGCGGCAAAGGAUAGCGCAAUCUCCUGACCGGAGUCCAACCGAGCCUGAAAAGCGAGUCGAAGAUAUAUACGAAGUACCAGACAGCCCACCACGGCGCACCCGGCGUACCGCCAAAGCAGUGCAGGACGGCCCAUACUCAGACCCGGAGGACGAGCUAUUUGUGAGGCAAGAUGAGCACAGUGAGGAGGAUCUCGGCGAAAACGAGCACAGCGAAAUGGAGCACGAUGAAGAGGAUGAGGAAGAAAAUGGCACUACAGGACUUUACGACGAGCCGACAAGAGGAGGCGGAAACGAAGAAGAGGAAGAGUCGUCCGAGGACGAAGAUCAACCGCCAUUACCAACACUAUCACAACUACGGAACGACCUCCCAGAGAUGGACGAAUCUGCUAGCAUACUCCCGGAUGGCGACUCCGCCGGACCAGUCGACAUCGCGUACCCUGACGACCAUCUUCUAUUUAACGCUCCCGUCGGCGACGAUAGGAUUACGGCAGUUUCGAUGAGGUCGAAAGCCCUCAAAUCAAUGGCGGAACUGAUGAGCAGGGCUGUUUGGAAGCGGACGAGUAGUGAGCUCUUGUCGAAGUGGAUUCGAAAAUACUGGGAGGACGUCAUCUCACUGCAGUUCUUUUGGGAAAACAUGCCGCCGGCGCCGGACUACGCAGGACAGUGCGACUACAUGCACUCGGGCGAAGAUGCGGCCGAAGCAAAGGCGUCGAUCGAGAGGUUGGACGAGCUCGUCGAGAGCAUAGUUGAGCACGCGAGGGUAACAUCGCCAGACGACGAUGACCUCGAGGACAUCACAUCAGACCUUCGAGGCAAAAUCAUCCCGAAACUUGUGACUAUCCUCUGUUCCGUCUUCCGCUUGGGCAUUUGCGGUAAUCCUCAAAGAUGGCGUGCGAUGGUUACAAACCCAACCCUGCAGAUCAUGCAUCGGCUACUGGCAUGGAUUAAGUAUCUAUACGGAGCGAUGAUGAAGGGUUCAAAAACGAUGAACAAGGGCAAAGCAGAGACCAAGGCCCAUCUGCAGCUGGGACGCUACAUGCAAGAGCUCCACGUCGAAUUCGACGAGGCGCUGAGAGAGCUCCGCGACAUCCCGAUACGCAAGCGAGAGUACGAGGAGAGGCGGAGGCAACAGCUCGAGACGGAGGAGCGGAACCGGUUACGGGCGCAGGAGUUGAGAAACAGGCAAUACGAGAUCGCAGCCCAGCGCAUCAGGGAACGCUUCGGGCCGCCUGGCGCCGAACCAUUGCACGGGUCGCAGUCGGCGCAGACGUCUUGGUCUACGGCAUCGCAGCAGACGCAGUCGUCGGAGCAGACUCAGGCGUCCUUUUCGACGCUGGUGUUCUCGCAGCAAGAGUCUCAGCGCACACAAGCGUCCUCGUUGACGUCGAUACCUCCGCGAAUGAGCCUGGCUGAACUCGACGGCGAUGACUCCUGGCCCGCCGAGAAGAGGAUGGAGCUUCUGAAAGUCCUGAUGAAGACGCCGACGACGAGGAACAAGCACCUCUCUUUCUACUUUGAAUGCAGCGAGGAGGAGGUGAGGGAUGUGAGGGAAGGGCUCAAGAGGGCCGCCAGGGAACACGCGAUCAAUAGGAACGAGACCGUGCCGGAGUUCGCGAGGAUCUGA